AGGAGGCCUACAUGGCAAAACUGAACUUCCUGCAAGUCUUGAUUUUGAUUCAUUCUGGAGUCGAAUCUGCUGUGGUUAAACAUGAAUUGAUUGGUGGAAAACCUUGUGGCAACAAUGAACGGCACCAUCACGUGUGGGUUUUUCAAGACACACCUUUAGGAAAGAGUUUCUGUGGAGGGACUCUGAUCGACAAGAAGUGGGUGUUGACUGCAGGACACUGCUAUAAUGGAUCAGUGACUGGAAGUGUUGAAGUCUGGGCGGGGGUUCAUCCGAAUAGAGCAUUCCAAAAAUUUGCCAUUAACUCAGGUGACAUCCAUGUAUAUGAUGUAACUAAGAACACAGGUGACAUCAUGCUGAUCAAACUUCCUGGAUCUGUAAAUGUAAUCACUCCAGCUAAGCUUCCUGGCUCCUCCUGUCAGACUCCUUCUAAUGGAGAGAAGCUGCAGGUCGCUGGUCACGGAUCUACUGUUAACCCAAAUGGAACUUCUGACCUGAACCAACCUCUGCAGUGUCUUGAUCUGAAUGUCACAAACUGUCCUAGACUCUAUAAUAACUAUUUCUGUGGUGAAGGUCUUCCUAAUAACCCACCUGCCUACUCCUGCCCGGGGGAUUCUGGUGGAGGCUGGCUGAAGAAGAGGACUGGAUUAAGAGCUGUUAUCUAUGGUGUUCACGCAGGUGCAUCUACUAGGUGUGACAAAAUUUCCUUAUCCACAAGUGUGUGUGCUCCUCAUAUCAGGAAGUGGAUAGAUGAUAAAAUGAGUAUUCCCUGAGGCAGCACAUCCCAUAUGAGUCCUGUAUGAAACAGUAACAUUAGAGUUACAUAUGAAGUUACAGACUAUAUACUACAGCUGAUCUGUCACCUUGUACUUGUGUUACAAUUAAUAAAUACAAACAGCAUUCCAAUA